CUCUCCCUCUCUCUCCAUGGAUCCUUACUGUCUGUCUUACUUUAAUUCUCUAACAUUGUGUGUGCACUGCUUGUCUCUCCCUUCUUCGCAUCUUUGUCUAUUUAUACAUGUUUUUUGAGAACCCUUUUUCUCAAACCACAAAACUCUGUAAUAGAGGGGAAAAGAAAAGACAGAUUUGGGAGGAUAGGUUCUUGUUUUGUCUCUCUAUAAUGGCUCCAGCAGGGUCUUCUAGGUGGUGCCCAACACCCCAACAACUUAUGAUGUUAGAAGAGAUGUAUAGGAGUGGGAUUAGAACCCCAAAUGCCAACCAAAUCCAACAAAUCACUUCUCAGCUCUCUUUGUAUGGCAAGAUUGAAGGCAAGAAUGUUUUUUAUUGGUUUCAAAACCAUAAGGCAAGAGAAAGACUGAGGCUUCGAAAGAAACUUACCAAGCAACUUCAACAACAACAGCAGCUUUAUCAUCAACUUCAACAUAACCCCCAUUUUCUUCACUACUUAGACUCUCCCGCCUCUCCUGCUUUUCAACAUCUUUCUUGUUAUAACCCUGCCUCCGCCAAUCCUUUUCCUCAGGCAGGGAUUCAUGAUGAAGGAGGAAAGCAAGUGACGAACUAUACGUGGAAUAUUGAUAUCCCAGAAAAAAUGGACAAGAACAAGGCCAUAAUGAGAAUGUAUGGCAACGAUUGGUUGAUGAUGGUUGAUGUGGGGCUACCUUUAUCAUCAUUACCAUGCUACUCCAUGAUCUCCAGGCCGCCCCUUAAAACCCUUGAACUUUUCCCAGUCACUGCUUCAAAUCUCAAGGAGGAGUGCAACAACAUCAACAUCAACAACAACAACAUCAACUCUUCCAAUUCUCUUUCUUCAGUUUCUUGUAACAUCACUCCAGCUAAAGUACCCCUAAGCCUCCCUUAA